AUAACAUGUAAAUACCAAGGCAAGCUGGUAGGCUAUAGCCUAUACAAUUUUAUUAUUUUAAAGUGUCACCAAUGAACUAUUUCCUUUGCAGUCUCUGAGCUUUCCUGGUGAUUUGUUUUGUUUCCAGUCAGAUAUCGGAACCUCAAAAGAGCUCGAUUUCACCUCAGCUGAAACUCUUCCCGCAUAAAUGCUUUAACAUAUUUAACUUCGUCGUCAUUAUGUUAUUUUGAGAGCUCGCUAACAAAAUAGACGUCUCAACACACUAAAGGCAUUCUCAUUUAUGAGCUGGGAUCGGCUGUGCCCUCAUCAUCAUACUUACCCGAGGGCCUCCCGGUGUCCAGUUUGGCCCUGCUGAUCCUGCUGCUCAUUCCCUGCGUGCUUCUGCUCCUGCUGAUCAACUGCCUGUUUGUGGGGUACAAGCUGUUCCGCAUGACCCUGAGGAAGAGAGACCGCUGCGGCUCGGAAAUCUCGCUCAUGCACUCGUCGUUUUCCACCCGCCAGAGAAUCACCCGCUUCUCUGAUGAGCCUCUGUUAGCUCCAAACAGAAAGACCAACUACGUCCCGGUCUCGGAACCGAUGCUGGCGCCUCCCAUUACCUCGUCCUUGACCUCAUCAGCGGAGAGAAGGGCCACCGGGCAGCGCGCCAGGUUUCUACGCCCGGAUGGGGCAACUUACGCCGGGUCCGAGUCACUGCGUGCGCGCGUGCCGGACUGGAGGACGAGCGCCCCGGCGCUGCUGCAGUCCAGUGAUUCGGACACGGAGCGGGUCAACACGGUGCCCCCGAACUCUCCAGCGCUGUAUGUGCCUCGAAACAGGUUCUCAAUGCCGAUGACUUCCAUGCGUAGAAGCAGCACCAUGGAGCUGGAGAACGCUCCUCUGGAUAAGAUCCAUGUGGAAUACGAGUCCGCCAGCAUCAUCCUGCCGGAGAUUUCCUGCUAUGUGGCAUCGUCAAGCCCCUCGGCUCGAGGUUCUGGACUGGAUAGUGACUUUGGAGCCAGUGCAGGUGUUUCUCUGCGUAUCCUUUCUGUGGACAGUGAUGGUUUCCCGGGCUCUGCCUGGGCGUCCGCCCUGGAAUGGGAUUACUACGACCCAAGUUACGUCACUCAGAAUCACAUACCAAAGCACAGACCUCACGCACCCCCCAUCACUACCAAACAGUACUGGGUCUAGAGCCUGAACAAGAACUUCAGAACAAGACUCAGAUCAGCCAUUCUUAUUCUAGAACUUCAGUCGAGCCGAGUCUUGUUUUCUGACUGGUUUCAGUGCACUUAAAAAUGUUCACUUGCUGUUUUAACUGCAAUACAUCACGUCUUAUUGUCAAAGCACACACAAUCAAGAAAAAAAAAAAAAAGUCUUCACGAUCACCGCUUACUUCUGCAGCAACUCCAAACAGGUUUGUUCGGAUUAUAAUUGUUUUUGUCUAGAAUCACUACACUGUUGCUCUCACUUUAUCAAAGCAUUUGUUUAACACUUUUUGAUUUGUCACUAUUUGUAUGUUUGCACUCGAAUCUUAGCAUGGAGUUACUUAAGUCUUCAGAAGAGGCUGUUUGUGUCCUUCAUUUUGCCACCCUACACAUUCUUGUAUUUGUAAACAAAUUUCAAUUGUGCCUGAAUUUAAUAAAGUUUUUAAAAAAGGUGUCAUUUUAUUGCUGUAGACUUCUAAUAAAACUAUAAUAAAUUAACAAUAGUGUUUCUUAGCAAGAUGAGUUUUCCUAUAUUUAUUGGAAUUUAUACUAUGUGAACAAAAUCUUCAUAAAACAUGCAAGUUAGAGAAAAAAAAGAAAAAAAGUGCUCUUCACAAAACAAUUUUCUUCAAACCAGCCUCUGGUUUGCAUUGAUAUUAAUAGAUAACUUGUUUUCAAAU